AUGUCUGUGAUCGAGGAGCACGAAGGAAUAGUUUAUCGUUACUAUCGUGACGAAGCAGACUUACGGACCGUCCAGAACCUAUUCGCACGAGAGUUGUCCGAGCCGUAUCAGAUUUGGACGUAUAGGUACUUUGUCGAGCCGUGGCCGACGCUCACCAUCUUUGCAGAGUCCAAUGAAGAAAUUGUGGGGUGCUGCAUGGCAAAUAUCGAGACCAGGUCUAAAUCUGCUAAACUAGAUGGGGUAGCUAAGAAUCCUGGUGUUUCUCAUACAGACGCUGCUUCUACAUAUAAGCGGGGGUAUAUAGGUAUGAUCUCUGUAAUAGAUGCAUACAAGAGGCGAAGGAUAGGUCAGAGGCUCUAUAUGCUAGUGUUAAAAGAAAUGAGGAAUUUCGGGGUUACAGUCAUUUCACUUGAGACAGAAAGUGAUAAUAUAGGUGCGCUGCUUUUCUACGAGUCCCUUGGCUUCCGGAAGAUGCGCCUCUUCUCGAACUAUUACAUGAACGGAAAGAACGCCUAUAGGAUGAUGAAGUGGCUGGCCCCGAAUAUAGAUUGA